AUGGCAGACGUCGAGCCAGGACACAAGACUGGAGUCUACUAUAUGCCAAUAUGUAAUCUGCCAUUUGGCACCUCUUGGCAGGAUUUCAAAGACUGGCUACGGGUUGAUUGCGAUGUUGACCAUGUCGAGCUGUUCCAGUCUAGCACGUCAGGAUGGAUACGGCUUCGUGGAGAGGAGAAUUUCAACAAGGCAUGGUCUCGAGUGAAGAAGGAAUAUUUUCGUAACCGAGCAAUCAUCGCCUCGGACAGAAACAGAACCGAACCCAUCAAGAUCAAGGAACUAGUCGAUUCCAGAGUUGCCCAGUACAGCACGUCAGGACAUUGGGACCUGACGGUGGGACAGUCACGGAGUCCCGAGGCAGCCUUGCCUCCAUCUGCGAGUUGCAUGCAGGAAGCAGUAUCUCUGACCAGUCCGGUACGAUUGAUAUUAAUUGUCCCCAUCACAUCUGACAAUCGCAACUUCAAAGACUACAAAUGGUUAACAGCAUAUGGUCUUGCCCAGCUCGGCAUGGACCACGAGUUUGGUCGACUACCUCUGCCCGUCAGUUGCCCUGCUGGACCUGUGGCGACGACCAUGGCAUACGGCAACAUGCCAGGAUUGGAUCCAUAUACGGCCAUGGCAGAAUCCUACAGCACUAUAGCAGCCAUGAGAAACCACACUCUGACAUAUGCGCCGAGUUUUGGCUACUACGAGCCCCUUCCGGAAACUGGAGUCAUGCCGGCCGGGCGUUAUAGCGGCUGCUCGCAGUACGGAGCAUCUCAGUCUGCCGACUCGCAGUAUGCCAGUCCGCACCAGUCCCACGCAUCCGUUUACUUUCGAACGUCCCCGGGAAACCCAGAUCACCCUCCUUCCAUGGCCGGCCUGAAAUCCAGCGAUGCGCACCAGAGACUGGGUUACACGGCAGAAGAACCGUGCAAAGUCGUUGUGACGUCUAUACAGCAUAAAGCGCGCCAGAGCGAGGUGGCCAACUGGAUCCGUCACCAAGUGGGCGAAUAUUCGUCGGCGAUAACAGGAAUUGACAUACCGUUGGUUGAGCCCAAAGGCCGGAUACGUGGACAUGCGUUUAUCACGUUGACCAACCCGGCGGCUGCCGAAGCCGCCAUCCGUAUCCUGGAUCAGAAACUUUUCCAAGGACGAGUCGUAUCGACCAGGCUGACGACGGAAGGUGUAACUGAUGCAGAACGAUUCAAGCCUCUCAAGGACCCGAGAUCAAGACAUCACCGUUCCCAGUCGUUCAAGGAAACGAGGAAGUCCACACGACAAGUUGGCAAAUCACACAACCACGAUUCCAAGGACCAAAAGACUCCAAGCCGGAUCUCUAAUGCUCCACCCUCGCCCCCGACGGCGGAGGAUACAGUCAAACCCACGGGACCAGUCAUUGCCCAUGGAUCAUCGACCCGGAGAAGACGAUAA